GCCACGGAUGCCCGAAGAUUGCUCGCCCCAUCGCGAUUCUAUCUCAUGAGCCCGUUUUGAAUUUGAAAGAGCGCUUGCACGUUUCGCUUGUUACAACUUCAAGAAAAUUUACAUAAGAAGCCGAACCCCCCGGCGGGCCCGCCACCCGGAAGCUCGACCUUCGUCAAAAAAAAAAAUGUCCUCCACCCCCGGUUGCGAUUUCGUUCUUUUCGGCGCCUCCGGUUUUAUCGGACAGCACAUUCUGGAAGCGUUGGAGAAACAAAACCUCAAAGUUGUCACCAACCCCAAGUCGCUCCGCCUGGAAAACGCAGAGGGGGUGCUGAACUUUAUCAAGCAGAGCCAACCCAUCCGCUACGGCGUGAUUAAUUCGGCCGGGGUGCGCGGCCAGCCAAAUAUCGACUGGUGCUUGGACCAUCCUUGUGAAACGAUCGAGGCCAACAUUCUCGGCCAGCUGAACGUCGCGCGGGCGUGUCGCGUCUUGGGCGAAGAAGUUGUAGAGGGUGAAAAUAUCAAAGCAGAAAACGCGACCAAUCAAAACCCUAUCCACUGCACCUUCGUCGGCAGCUGCAUGGUUUACCCGCCGAUGGAACCAGAGGAUGCAAGGAUCGUGAACCAAGACUACUAUGACGAGGAGAAGGACACAAUAAAAGGAGCCGACUACAUCGACAACAUAGACUGUAAAGACGGGUCAACCAUGCCCACGGUCCAUUUCUACCGCAAAGCGCGCUGCGUCUUAGAGGAUCUGCUCAGCUACUACCCGAACGUGCUGAAUCUGCGCGUGCAAUUCCCGAUCUCGAUGAAGGACAGGAUAUCCUGUGCAAAAGUAUCGUACUCGUAUUCCAAUCAUGCAUCACAAAUCUUUUUCUUAAGGUAAAUUAGCAUUACAAAUUUUAUUUCUCACGCUGAGGAAAUUUGUAAUGCAUAUAUACGAGUACGAUGGGAUGCUUUUGCAAUUCAUACAGGACAUUCGAGAACAAGCAGUCGCUGCUGGGGAAGCUGUAUCAAGUGAAAAAAUGUCUGGGUCUGGAAGAUUGCCAGGUUUGUCAUGCAUAUUUUGCAUGACCAAUGACGCCUGUAAUGCAUGCCCUAGCAUCCCAGAUUUUUAGAACGCUUCCUGAUGCUUAUUCCGCAUGAGAAAUGCCCUCCCCGUGUAGCACAAAAUGGACUCCUUUUGCUAGUCAUGCAAUACAGAGUUUUUUUGGAAUCCAAAGACAGCAUCACAAGUUACCACCUUCCAGACCCAGACACUUUUGCAUGUGAUAAGCUACGGAAUUUCACGCGGGUGGACAAAGCAAUGAACAGCAUCACCUUUCUGGAGAACUAUGCAUCGCAAAUAUGUCUGGGUCUGGAAGGUUGGAACUUGUCAUGCUAAUUUUGGACUCUAAAAAAAUCUGUAUUGCGUGACCAGCAACAAGAGGAGCCCAGUUUGUGCUACGCGGGGAGGGCAUUUGUCAUGCGGGACAGGCAUCAGGAAGGCCUCUAAAAAUAUGUGAUGCUAGAUCAUGCAUUACAGACAUCCUGAGUCAUGCAAAAUAUGCAUGACAAACCUGGUAACCUUUCAGGCCCAGACGCUUUUUCACUUGAUAACAACUUAUGCCCAACGAUUCCGCAGUUGGUGAAAACGAAAACGUGUGGGAAUUUGAACUUCGUCAAUCCGGGGGCUGUCGAUUACGAAAAGGAUCUGGUUCAGCGGUUGAAGACAAAACUGGAAAAUUACAACCCAGAGAUACGGGAUAACACAACAAGUACAGCCGCGAAUCAGCAAAAAGGAAGCCGAGGCAGCAUUUUGCUAAGCACGGAGAAAUUGAUGCGGACGGCGCACUCGCCCGACUUUCCCGUUUUGUCCAGUAGAGAGUGUCUCGAUCUCAUUUUUGGAGAGUGAUUGUACGCACUGCAAGCUUAAGCUGAUGUUGCAGUUGCUGUAAUAGUACACAGGAAUUGCGCGGCUAGAUUUCAUUUAUCGAAAUACAACAAGAACACCUUUCAUAAUUUUGCGAAUCGUGGCAACAAGUAGUGCUUCGUUUGCAUUCGAACUUCGAUGCUAUCGCUAUCUCGACUUGAUCGCUGUCGAUGCUUGGGUGUCGUGUCGCUACGUAGAACAACUAGAAAGAAUGUAUCCUCGCUCUCAUCGAUUGUACGCAGCGCUCGU